AUGGACCAUUCUUCAAUUCAUCACGAUGAUGUCCCUGGUACAGUUCAUCUAAUUGAUGUCAAUGGGAUGAACUCCGGUGGACCUCAUGACUCCGAACACAAAGACAUUGUCCUCGUCCACGUCCAAGCUCCGACCCUGAAGAACCCCUCAACUGGUCAUAUCGUCGGAAGCUGCUGGCCGUCAGCAUGGCAUACCUUGACGUCCUCGGAACGGGCAUCGCGACCUCUCUCCAAUAUUCUGUUUUGGCAGACAGCUUUCAUUCUGUAA